GAGUGCAUGUGGACGGCUCUACUUCUUAUGGUACUUCGACUCAGUGCGCUGCUGAUGACAUCCUUCAAACAAGAAGGCACCUUUCCUGUUUCCCACUAUUUCUCUCUGUCUCUCUCUCCCUCUCUCCCUCUCUCGAGAAAACUUUGAGCUGCGGGUCUUCGCUUGCUUUGCUCGAAAUAGGAAAUACCCCACCUCACUGUGGCUUUCGGAGGAGGUUCAAGCUGUUAAUUCAUUAUAAAAAGCAUAAGCGAAUGAAGAAGGCGUUAUCGGGUUUGGACAUCUCGUUCUUGCUGCAAAAAUGGGCUUCUCUUCUUGCCUUUGCUAUGCCCACUUCACUCCCCUCCAGGGUCUGAGAGCUGUUCUCACAAUUUCAACUUCAUUUGGACAGAUUGGCUGUUCAAGAUUGAUGAGAAAGGCUUCCGAUAAAAAUUCUGUUGGAGCACAUCAAAGAUCCUCGUUUCCUCUGAAAGGCUGCAACACUGAGCUUUUAGGCCUACAGAUUCCAAGGGCAGGAGAUGAUAUACGCAGGGAGUGGAGUUUUGCCCGAGGAUCAAGAAUUGUUACAAUACCACACUCAGCAAGAUUCAUUCGAAACCAGAAAGCCCGUAGUGUGCAUGCUUCUUGGUUGACAACAUCUCAAAUCGCUAGCAGUGCUUUCACGUGGGGAACUGUGGCUGUUCUCCCUUUCUACACUCUCAUGGUUGUUGCUCCUCAGGCCGAACUGACUAAGAAAUCCAUGAAGACUGGUGUACCAUUUAUCGUGCUUGGGCUUUUCUAUGCGUACUUAUUAUACCUCUCCUGGACGCCUGACACGCUGAAGGCGAUGUUUUCAAGCAAACAUUUCUUGCCAGAGCUUCCUGGGAUUAAAAAGUUGUUCACAAGUGAAAUGACUGUAGCUUCUGGAUGGAUUCACUUGCUGGCUGUAGAUCUCUUUGCUGCAAGGCAGGUCUUCCACGAUGGAUUGGAAAACCAAAUCGAGACGCGGCAUUCAGUCUCUCUUUGCUUGCUGUUCUGUCCCAUUGGAAUCGCCACUCACUUCGUCACGAAAGCACUGACCAGGGGAACGAGCGACUGAUCAAUAGAUUCAUUUAUCGUGAAAACAAAUACGAUAUAAAGCUUUAACGGAAUAACUUCAUUUGGUGCAUCAUUGAAAUUCCAUCUACAUUCUCUUUGUCAACACUAUCGUUCUUGUUGUUUCCUUCA